AUGCUUCUAUUAUCUCUCGGACUUGCCUUGUGCAUCGCCCCCUUUGUCCAGGCUGCAGCUGUGCCGAAAUCUCAUGUACUUCAUGAGAGACGAGACACGACUUCAGCCAAGCAAUGGGUGAAACGCGAGCAGCUUUCUCCCACAGCUAUUCUACCCAUGCGAAUUGGUCUGAAGCAACAGAAUCUGGAGUACGGUCAUGACUAUCUCAUGGACAUAUCUCAUCCAGACUCGCCCAAUUACGGUAGACACUGGACAAGUGAAGAAGUCAUUCGGAAAUUCGCUCCCACCCAAGGGACCGUUGAUGCGGUUACCGCAUGGUUGACUACCUCUGGCAUUAACGCUCAGCGAAUCACGCACUCAGAAAACAGAGGAUGGCUGGCUUUUGAUGCAACUACUGAAGAGGCCGAGGGCUUGCUGCACACCAAAUACCACCUUUACGAGCAUGUUGAGGGUCAUCUUAGUCCAGCAUGCGAAAGUUACCACCUCCCAGAGGAAAUCCAAACCCACAUCGACUACAUAACUCCCGGAAUCAAGCUAUUUGCUCCCAGAAAACGCGCUCUCUCCUCUCGCACCUUCAGCGGCAUCUCCAGCCCCAGCAAAAAAGUCGAUCCCUACGAAGGGUUCCCACCAAUGGCAGCAGGCGAGCUGUCGAUGUGCCACCGCUGGAUCACCCCAGCCUGCAUCAGAGCACUUUACGGCGUUCCUCAGAAACCAGAAUAUCCUGGGGGUAAACCGAGGGCGGAUAACGCACUUGGCAUUUUCGAGACCGGCGAUACUUAUGCCCAGCAGGAUCUUGAUCAUUUCUUUGCUAAUUUUACGAAGUAUAUUCCGAAAGGAACGCAUCCCAAUCUCGCUGCAAUUGACGGGGCAGAGGCGCCGGAACCCGAUGCGUGGUUUGGGGGUGGAGAGUCGGCGCUGGAUUUUGAGCUGGCUUAUCCAUUGAUUUGGCCGCAAAAUAUUACGCUGUAUCAGACUGAUGAUUGGUAUUGGACAGGAUGGGCGAGUGUUGGUGGUGGAUUCAAUACAUUCCUCGAUGCAUUGGAUGGGUCUUAUUGUACAUACUCAGCGUUUGGAGAGACAGGAAAUGAUCCGGGUCUGGAUCCAGUCUAUCCCAAUCCAUGGACAACCGAUGGCUAUCAAGGCCAGCUGAUGUGUGGCGUUUACAAACCCGCGAAUGUGAUCUCCGUUUCGUAUGGUGGUCAAGAAUCAGAAUUGCCGGAAUACUAUCAGAAGAGGCAAUGCGAUGAAUACAUGAAGCUUGGCCUUCAAGGCGUGUCUCUAAUUUGGGCCUCUGGAGAUUCUGGAGUCGCCGGUCCCAUAUUCAGACCUGGUUCAAACGGAUGCAUCGGAAGCAAAGCUACAGUUUUCAGCCCAACAUGGCCAAACAACUGUCCCUACAUCACCAACGUUGGCGCCACAAAAGUGUAUGCCAACCGCACCGUAUACGAGCCGGAAAGCGCCUGCAAUGAUCCCCUCGGCCAGCCUUACCGUGUAGCAUACUCCUCUGGAGGAGGAUUUAGCAAUUUCUACCCUGCACCCAGCUACCAGCAGUCAGCACUGGAAACGUACUUUGUGAAGCAUGCGCCAAAGUACAAGUCGUAUAACGGAAACGAUAACUUUGAUAAGGAGGGUGGAGUAUAUAACCGUCUUGGGAGAGGUAUCCCAGAUGUCUCUGCCAACGGUGACAACAUCCCCGUCUUCUUCGGCAACGACUUCUCCCAGUCGGGUGGAACCAGCGCCUCAGCACCCAUCUUUGCCUCCCUCAUUAACCGCAUCAACGAGCAGCGUCUCAAUGCUGGGAAGUCAACUCUGGGAUUCCUUAAUCCGGCACUAUACAGUAAUCCGAGCAUGCUCAAUGAUAUUAAGAAUGGGACGAAUCCUGGGUGUGGGACGCAGGGCUUUGAAGCUGUGGAGGGUUGGGACCCGGUUACGGGGUUAGGAACACCGAAUUAUCCCAAGAUGUUAGCGUAUUUUAUGAGCCUGCCGUAA